AUGUCUGAUUUUAACAGAGAGUUGCCCCCUGCCGUUCCUACCCGCGACUCUACUUUUCCUAAUACUAUUGAUGAUCUUGGCGAUACAGAACGACCCACACAAACCAGAAGAAAGUGGCGAAUCGAAGAGGAUGAGUUACUUCGUACCCUCCAUGCCAAGCAUGGAAAUCGCUGGAAGAUUAUCGCAACUAAAAUUCCAGGGAGAAGUGGUAAAGCGUGUCACGACAGAUGGACAAAUCAUUUACAACCGGGUGUCGACAAAGAUCGUCGCUGGACACCACUGGAACGCAGACAGCUAAGAGAUCUGCAGAAUAGUCUUGGAAACAAUUGGGUAAAAAUCGCUAGACAGCUCGGUCGAACUGCUAUGCAAGUUAAAAACGAGUUUCGUCGUCUUCAAAAUUUAAACAAAAUGUCAAUUAAGUAUAUGAUAGAAUGA